GCUCAUAUCAUUCAUUUGUGCAAUUGUGAAAUUUGCAUCCAAACCCUUAAUUGCAUAACUCACACUCGUCUAGUUCGAAAAUGUCAUCGUUUUCUUCGUCUCUCUCCUGCCCUACCUACCGCUCCCGCACUUCGAACUCUCCUUUCUUGUCGAAUCACCCUUCUUCGCUGAUCAAUGUUGUUGACCCACGCCGGUCACUCUCCUUCCACUACGCUUCUCCUCAGGGGCUUAAUCUCGACGAGCUCUGUGUUAGAUCGCAGAGGAAGUCCGUUCAGAGUUCUGUUGUCGCGCAAGAUGGCUCAGUAGCCACCAAGUUAAGCCCGGUCGAGGAACCGAAAGAUGGAGGCUUGUUAACGAUUCCUUCACUUGAAGCUGACAAGGUUGUAGCAGAGUCUGAUGGCGGUGAACCCCAAUCAACAGUUAGUAUCACGGUGGUGGGAGCCUCUGGUGAUCUUGCCAAGAAGAAAAUAUUCCCAGCUCUUUUCGCACUUUACUAUGAAGGCUAUCUUCCUGAGCAUUUUACAAUAUUUGGCUAUGCAAGGAGUAAGAUGACAGAUGCUGAACUUAGAGACAUGGUUAGCAAAACACUGACAUGUAGAAUUGAUAAGAGGGCAAACUGCGGUGAAAAGAUGGAAGAGUUUCUCAAGAGAUGUUUUUACCAUUCUGGUCAGUAUGAUUCUCAGGAACAUUUUGUUGCAUUGGACGAGAAGCUCAAGGAGCAUGAGGGUGGAAGACUUUCGAACCGCCUUUUCUAUCUUUCAAUCCCUCCAAAUAUCUUUGUUGACGCGGUGAAGUGUGCAAGCUCAUCUGCUUCAUCUGUCAAUGGAUGGACUAGGGUCAUUGUUGAGAAACCUUUUGGCCGAGAUGCCAAAACCUCGGCUGCUUUAACAAAGUCUCUUAAGCAGUACCUGGAGGAAGACCAAAUAUUUAGGAUAGACCAUUACUUAGGAAAGGAGCUAGUUGAGAACUUGUCGGUUCUUCGAUUCUCAAAUCUUAUAUUUGAACCGUUAUGGUCAAGGCAGUAUAUCAGGAACGUGCAAUUCAUAUUUUCUGAGGAUUUCGGCACUGAAGGACGCGGAGGGUACUUCGACAAUUACGGAAUAAUAAGAGAUAUAAUGCAGAAUCAUCUGCUUCAGAUAUUAGCUCUUUUCGCCAUGGAAACGCCUGUGAGUUUGGAUGCAGAGGAUAUCAGAAAUGAAAAGGUAAAGGUACUACGUUCAAUGAGGCCAAUACAACUUCAAGAUGUGGUGAUAGGACAGUACAAGGGCCACAGCUUAGGAGGAGUCACUUAUCCAAGCUAUACUGAUGAUAAAACUGUGCCAAAAGGUAGCCUGACCCCGACAUUUGCAGCUGCUGCACUAUUCAUCGACAAUGCAAGAUGGGAUGGCGUACCUUUUCUAAUGAAAGCUGGGAAAGCUUUAAACACCCGGAGUGCGGAGAUAAGGGUGCAGUUUAGGCAUGUGCCUGGAAAUUUAUAUAACCGGAACUCUGGUACUGAUCUUGACCAGACCACAAAUGAGCUGGUCAUCCGCGUCCAACCAGAUGAAGCUAUCUAUUUGAAAAUCAACAACAAGGUCCCUGGUUUAGGAAUGAGAUUAGAUCGGAGUAACUUGAAUCUUCUCUAUUCAGCAAGGUAUUCAAAGGAGAUUCCAGAUGCAUAUGAGAGGCUUUUGUUAGAUGCGAUCGAAGGUGAACGCAGGUUGUUCAUAAGAAGCGAUGAACUUGACGCUGCUUGGGCGCUUUUCACUCCAUUGCUCAAAGAGAUAGAAGAAAAGAAGACACUCCCAGAAUUCUAUCCUUACGGCAGUCGUGGUCCAGUUGGUGCCCAUUAUCUAGCCGCAAAACACAAGGUCCAAUGGGGAGACCUAAGUCUGGAUCAGUGAAAGAGUGGAAGAAUCAAUCAACAUUUUUUUGUUCAUAGAUCCACGUCUGAGAUUUUUCUUUAAUUUGUGUUGGUUUAUGGGGGAGUGGGACCAUGAAAACUUUCUUUCGUUUACAGAGAUAGAAGUGAGUUUGUUCGAUUUUGUAUCUUGAAUAAUUAGUGAAGAUUUUU